AUGGCCACAUAUGGAAUCUCAUACCAGAAUGGCGGGACUAGUGAGAUUAUGAGAAUCAAUAGCUGUCCGCUACUAUUUUCUUUCAGAGACAGUGACUCGCCUUCUGAUGAUAAUAGCGAAACCGACAGCCGAACUCCCGAAUAUAGUGACAUCUCGUCUGAUACGACUUGCAUCUCAAAUGCUCAUGUUGAAGUUGCAAACCCCAAUGGCACCUACGAUGAGGAAUAUUCAAUUACUUCCACGUCUGUGUAUGAUGACCCUUGUUUGAUCUUCACAAACAAUUGUCCUCCCUGCCUGCCUGGGUCAGAGCAAUAUAAUGCUGGUCAGAUCGAAAAUCUCCUAUUAGGGCCUAGACUGGGAAUUAAUGCCUUAGCUGAGUUCUCUCCUCAGAUUUCAGAGACCUGUUGUGUCUCAGCCAAUGUAGCCAAUGGCUAUAAUCUGUGCAUUACCGAAGAUGACGCAGAGAGAGACGUACGCGUUGGACGAGGGGGCUAUGCAACUCGUUGGAAGAAAGGUUCGGUGCUGAGGUACACCGUUUGCACAGAGACUUUCCCCAGCCCUCAAUGGGCAGCGCGGACGGCGCGUGAAGCGGCAAAGGCAGCUUUGAUGUGGCAAAAUAUCGGCGCUCGCUUUGAGAAAGUGAGCCGCGAUGAAAAAGCCACAUUUGCAAUAAAGUACUGCUUUGAGCCAGACGAUUGCAGGCCCGAUGUCUAUGCUAGGGCUUUCUUCCCGAAGACCUCGCCGGACGAACUGUUUGUGUACCAGUUUGCACUGGAGCCCUACAAUGUCGACUUCUUGGCCAACAUUCUCGCUCAUGAGUUUGGUCAUAUUCUGGGCCUUCGCCACGAAUUUGCUGUGGAAACUUCCUUUCUCUUGGGAGACAAAAAUAAUCGAUCCAUAAUGAAUUAUUUCAGACACCCAAGCGAGCUUCAGGUUGGAGAACAGGAUCGAGAAGAUUUGGCGCGGUAUUAUGAAUGUGACGGAAGACAUUUCAAGGGGUUGUCCAUAAGAGAUAUCAAGCCACAGUUAUACCGAUUUCCUAGGAGCAACAGACGCAAUGUCAGCUCUGGUCGACUGACAUCCAAACGACUUUAUUUGAACUAUCAGACCAGGCGCGCUCGUCGCCGCCGCAGCCUGUCAAAACGUCGAAAUAACUAA